AUGGGAGGUUUCGUGAGCAAGGUCCGCUCCGUUGCUUCACAGGUGGCCACUGCAGCUAAGAAGGCCGCGGCGGCGUUAUGGGCGUCGAUUACUAGAGCCGCGCGCACGGCGGCGAGCUUCUUCUCCGCCCUGUUCCGCGCGGCUGCCGCAGCCUCGAAGAGAGCAGCCGCCGCUGCCGCCCGCUUCGAGGUCCCGAACGAGGCCAAGAUCGCCGUCGCCGUCGCGGCCGUCGCGGCGGUGCUGGGCAUUAUUGUGUUCAGCUGCUGCAUGCCGGCCGGGGCCGGGGCCAUGAUGGUGGCGCCAGGCGGCGGCGGCCUCAUGAUUCUUCGUUCUGCGUUCGAGGCGAACGCGGCGCUCUAUUUCGGCGUGCUCGGAUCUGCCGGUCCAGCUGCCGCGGCUGCAUCACUUGCCUUCCUGUGA